UGCUGCUUCAAAUGAGCAAUCUUUUUCUUCGUUAAGAAACUGAAAAAAAAAAAAAAAACAGAGAGAAAAAAGGAGAAUUUCUUUGUAAAGUGAGAGAGGGAAUACGAUAUUUUUACGGAACAACAAGUAAUCCAGUAAGCUUAGCUAAUCAAAAGAGCUUCACAGCUUGCAGCUUCUUGCUAAGGAAACUGAAGCCUCUGCAUCUUCUUUAUUCAUUGCAGAGUUUUCUUACAUGGGUUCGUUAUCGGAACCAGCAGCUGAGGGGAAUAAAAAUAAGCCCUAUGGAAUUCAAUUCUUAGAAUGCAUAAAGAAAAACAGACUUUCAUACAAAACCUACCAAGUCAUUGUCUUAAUUGUAACAUUUUUCGCAUAUGCUAGCUACCAUGCUGCUCGAAAAACAACAAGUAUCGUCAAGAGUACCCUUGAUCCACAGUCAUCUGAGAUGGGUUUGAAGUUGUAUCCAUGGAAAAUAACUUACUUGAGCGAACCAGUAGAAAGAAGAAGAUUUUCAUGGACACUUGGAGAUGGUUGGGCCCCAUUUAAUGCAUCAGAUGGUACAUCCUUGCUCGGUGAACUUGACUUGGCAUUUCUCUCUGUAUAUGCAAUAGGAAUGUAUUUCUCUGGACACAUAGGUGAUAGAAUGAAUCUGAGGAUCCUUUUGACAAUAGGAAUGGUUGGAACUGGUUUCUUUACAUCACUGUUUGGUGUUGGAUAUUGGGCAAAUGUACAUAACUUUUACUACUUCUUGAUAGCACAAAUGCUUGCCGGUUUGUUCCAAUCGACGGGAUGGCCUUCAGUGGUUGCUGUGUUAGGCAACUGGUUUGGGAAGAGAAAGAGAGGACUGAUCAUGGGCAUAUGGAAUGCUCACACCUCUAUAGGGAACAUUUCAGGGUCGUUGAUUGCUGCUGCAAUGUUGAGCUAUGGAUGGGGCUGGUCGUUUGUUGUGCCUGGACUUGUUAUUGCUUUUAUCGGCUUGGUGGUUUUUCUGCUUCUGCCUGUUGAUCCUGAGUCUGUUGGAGUUGAGAGAGAUGAAGAUGAUUUGCAUUCUCCUAAGAAAGCUGGAGAAGAAGUUACAGAGCCUCUUUUGGAAUCAGACUCUGAGGUGAAGGAGACAGCGGUUGGGUUCAUUGAAGCAUGGAAAAUUCCUGGGGUCGCUCCAUUUGCUCUUUGCCUUUUCUUUGCCAAAUUGGUGGCUUACACAUUUCUCUAUUGGCUUCCUUUCUACAUCAGCCAUACAGCUAUUGAUGGAAAGUACUUAUCCAGCGACACAGCUGGGAACUUGUCAACAUUGUUUGAUGUUGGAGGAGUGAUUGGGGGAAUCUUAGCCGGUCACAUUUCUGACCGUUUAAAUGCAAGAGCAAUUACAGCAGCAAGCUUCACGUACUGUGCAAUUCCUGCUCUCUUCUUUUACCGCAGCUAUGGACACAUUUCGUUGGCUAUGAAUAUUGCUCUUAUGUUCAUCACCGGCAUGUUUGUCAAUGGGCCUUAUGCUCUUAUAACAACAGCUGUCUCAGCUGAUUUGGGAACCCACAGUUCACUGAAAGGGAACUCGAGGGCACUGGCAACAGUUACAGCAAUUAUAGAUGGAACAGGCUCAGUUGGGGCUGCAAUUGGUCCUUUAAUUACAGGAUAUAUUUCUGCUAAAAGCUGGAGUGCAGUUUUCACAAUGCUAAUGGGGGCAGCUCUAAUUGCAGGUCUGCUUCUGACUAGACUUGUUGUGGCUGAAGUGGCUGCAAAAAUUUCUGAAUCAAGGUCUCAAGCAUCUGUAGCUUCAAGAACAACAGCAACUACACUUGAUGUAUGAUAUAAUAGGAAUAGGAGUUCAACUUGUAUUGCUUUUGUUUGAUUAUCACUAUUGGGGCUAGUGAGGUCAGAUGAUCACUAUGACGAGGUGAAGACCUUCUUAUUAUAGUUGAAGAUGCGAGAGGUGCUUUUAGACCUCUUCCAUGCUUUUAGUCUGAUACAAGAAAAGCUGUGUAAAAGGAAAAUGAAAGGACGCUGGGGUAGGAUUGAUCUUGUCACUGCCUGUUUGUACUCUGUUAUGUACAUUUUUGUAUGUUAUAUAUCCAGUUUAAUCGUUACAAGCAUCAAGAAGGAUGCUUAUUUAGGUCAUAA